AUGUUGUCGCCAUUGUCAUGCUGUCAAGCUGUCGCCAAUGUCGUGGUGUCAGGUUGUCGCCAUUGCCAUGUUGUCGAACUGUUACCAUUGUCAUGUUGUCAGACUGUUGCCAUUGUCAUGUUGUCAAACUGUCGUCAUUUUCAUGUUGUCGGGCUGUCGCCGUUGUCGUGUUGUCGGGCUGUCGCCGUUGUCAUGUUGUCAAACGGUGGUCAUUGUCAAGUUGUGAAACUGUCGCCAUUGUCAAGUUGUCAAACUUUCGCCAUUGUCAUGUUGUCGAGCUAUCGCCAUUGUCAUUCGGGAGUCAAGGAGGAAACAAAGAGGAAGUGGGUCAAAGUCGGAGGCAAGUCAGGAUUAAGGGAGGAGUCUUUGAGAGGGUUGUCGGACUCGGUCGGAAUGUCGCCGGUGUCAUUUGGUGGUCAAUUUUGUCAGUCAAAUUGUUGUCAAUGUCAUUUGUCAGUCGGUUUUGACGCUGAUGUCAUUUGGGGUCGAAUUUUGUGGCUAAUGUCGGGUUGUUAUCAAUGUCAUUUAGCAGUCAAGUUGGGGCCUAUGUCAUUUAAAGUCAAAUUUUGUAGUCAAUGA